AAAGACAGCAGACAUGCUUUGUGAAGUCAAAUUGUUGAGCAUGAUCUAUGGACAAGCAGAGGAAUUGGACCCACCAUGUCCUGAGAGGCAGGAGACCACGCCAGCGUCUCCUGUUGUAGAUCUUCAUCACAGUUCAUCUGAGCAGGUUUGUGGCGUGGAUGACAGUAGGAACCCGCAACUCCAUGUCUCCCAGCUGGAGUCUCUGGAUCUCUACACCACCCAGCCUGACAGCGAGAACUCUCUGGGACUGGAGAUACCGGCUCAGGCCCGCUUCGGAGGUGAUUCCACCACCUUCUUGGUGCCGUCUUACUGCCAGAGUAUCUGCCUGAACUACAGCGACCUUCACAUUGGCGGCGACCAGGUGAUGCCACUCUCGGCUGACAACAGUGAGCAGGUCGUCGUUGACACCCAGGCGAUUGGUCCCUUUCUGCAGUCCUGUGAUGUACCUCCGCCUGUGGAGGACUCUUCUCCUGGACCUCCUAGAGCGCUAGGGGGUCUUCUGCUGUCACUCAGAGGAGGCUCCAACCGCUGGAGGCAAGGCAGUGGUCGGGAUCGGAGCUUUUUGUUCCAAGGCCGUGAAGGCCCCUUCUCCAAUUCCCUCCUUAAUCACUACCUGGAGCAGAAGGUUCUAGAUCUCUACCAGCAGUACCUGAUGGAGAACAUGGCCAGGGAGAGGGAUGCGGACUCGGGCCGUAUUUCCCCACUAUUGGGAUCCGAGAUGGUCCUGACCAGCCUGGACCAGAUCACCCUGCAGCUGAGCCGGGAUGGGAACUUGGAGGCGGGCCUGGCCAAGGACAUGGUGUUGUCCUGCCUUCUGAGGGUGGCAGGAGACAUGCAGUCCAGUGAAAUCAGCACACCAGUCCUGCAGAUCUCCAGCGAUGCAUCCAAUGAGCACGUCAACAAAUAUAAAGUGGAACAAAAAUAAUAUUUUUUUCUUUUUCAAUAAAGGGCAAUAUGUUUUUGUUACUGCUUCCAACCAGAGGUUAUUUUGUAAAAGAUGUUGCAAUAAGGUUAAUAAAAUUAAUCUGCAUUUGUGGCGCCCCCUGUGGUUUGACCUCAAAAUGUUUUAGAGGGCAUCAUGUUCUUAAUA